AUGGUUGAGUGCUGGCUUGAAUAUGAAAGUCUGGACCGCAUUGUUGAAUGGCGCAAGAAGGCGCUUGCGCGAUCUGCUCUUACGAAACAUCUAGCGGACAUGCUACUUGCUGGAGCAGAGGAGAUACUGCCCGAUGACGACGGCACGGGUUCUCGAGUGGCCGAAGCCUUGAAGAAGACCAUGUUCGAGGCUAUGGAUGCGGAACUCGAUGAGGAUGUUGAGCUACCUAUCCAUUCAACCAGGAAGAGGAUGUUAGAGAUGAUUUAUGAAGCUACUCAAACGAUGAGGGCGGAUAUGGAGGCUCCAGGGGUCUUGUUCACAGAAUCGGCAACAACAGCAGAAACAUGGUUGAAAACUUUCAUCUGGGCGCCCCUGAGUGAUAACGAAGUCCACCCGGAGAAGGAUCAAGGUGGCUACUUCGCUUUGUCGUACGUCUGGUCCGAUACCAAACUCUCCAUGCAAUUCCUGGAUGAAGAAAUCAGCAAUCUCUUGAGAACCAGCCAGGCUGGAGGCAAGAAUUUAGACCAAGUUCUCUCAGAUGUCAAGCUGCCCGAGGACAUGUCAUUCUUGAAACCACAAAGAAGCAAUCGACCUAUCAAGUUGAACGGAAGCAUCAUCCAAGUUGGGCCCAAUCUCGAAAGUGCACUCAGAUCGCUGAGAGAGAUACCAGAAGUUCAGAACGGAAAGAGGGUGUGGAUUGACAGCCUUUGCAUCAAUCAAAAAGAUAUCGAGGAGAAGAGCUACGAAGUGAAACGAAUGAGAGAUAUCUAUUCUCAUGCUGACAGAGUGGUGUCCUGGCUCGGAGAGGACACUGAACAUGCGGGGCGCGUCAUAGAGAUGAUGAACACUAUCGGCGGCAGCAUCCUCACGGAACAGGACUGCUCGAGGAUUUCUGACUGGUUUUUCUCGUUCAUCGAGAGUGAAAUGGGCGUUUACAUUGCCAAGUUUCUCGCUCAUCCUUAUUGGUCUCGGAUCUGGAUAGUCCAAGAAAUUGUACUGGGCAGUGAAAAGAGCAUCACGAUAUGCGGCGCUAGGCGAUUUCCCACGAUAAACAUCCUGCGGUUUGCAAGUCGAAUACUUAACGACACAGAUGUCAGGGCCUUCAAUACUCAUCGCAUCCUCUACACGCCGACAAACAGUUACUCAGACGCAGUGUCAGUCGGACGCCUGUCGGCGGGGUUGCGAAAGCUUUCUGAUCUGUGUACGUUGCAGAAGAACUUGGAGCUACUCACUAGCGAGUCUGGAACUAGCACACUAUGGUUCCGCACCGCCUCAAACAACUUCGCAACAGAUCCAAGAGACCUACUAUAUGGGAUGAUGAGCCUGUUACCGCGCGACCUAGUUUCCCUGAUCAACGUGGACUACAGCCCAGGCAAUACUUACAAAGACGUCAUGAUCGAUUUUGCAACUGCGCAGAUCCACUCCACUCGAGACAUUUCCUGGAUACUCCAUCGUCCGUGGUCGCCUUUUCCCGGUUGGCAAGACUGGCCUUCGUGGGUCCCAAAUCUCUCCAUCCCCUUCAGCUAUGCUCAUUUCAUGUGGAAUUACGGCACAUAUGCUCUCCAGGACAGCAAGGAUUGUGAAUCUUAUACAACACGUCGAGUAGGUAACCAUGCCACACUCACCUGUUCCGGCUUCUUUAUUGAUACCGUCAAACAAAGCGCCAAAAGCUUUGCUGCUAAGCGCUGCGAAGAAAGCCAGUAUCUUAUCAUGAGACCAUGGCUCUUGGACGAAAUUGCAGCAGAAAUAGGAGUCGACGAAUGGGAAUUUCGUAAACACACUCGGUCUACCAUACAUGAGUUCCCGGAGCAUGAGCCGUCACCGGAAUUGAUCUUGACAAUUCGGCCCUAUCACCGCUAUGGUAACGUGCAAGGUCUGCGAAAUGCGGUUUCAGAAUGCUUCAAGAGACUGCGCUUGACACCGCACCAUGAGGAUGAGAGCAUGUUUGAUAUCCCACUAGAUGUAAUUGAGAACGCUGCUGCUCCUGCUCUUCCCGGACUUACUGUAGAUCCACCGGUACCAUAUCUCUUGCAGCAAUUAUUGGGCCUCUUUUCAGAGAUUGACCUGUGGGACAUGACGUUUCGCGACUUGUUUUUGCAACAUGGCUCUGGAAGGCCGAUUCCACAUCUGCGGCUGCAAGAUCGGACAGCUUUGCUUGGCCGUAUCUUCACGACUUGCACGGGGUAUUUGGGGGCUGCUUUGAGUAACGUGUGCCGUGGGGACCGGGUUUAUCUAUUGAAAGGGUGUCUCAUGCCGGUUGUGCUGCGUCCCAGCUCAAGAUUGGAAGGUGCGUAUGAGCUCGUUGGCGGCGUAUGUGUGCCAGGUAUCAUGCACAAGAAGGAAUCGGAACUCGUGGCUGAGGGGAUGGUGCCGGAGACAGUCAUGUUGGUGUAG